CUUGCAGACAUGUUCAAAUGUGUCUAUGGCAUAUUUUUGGAAACGUAUCAGAGGCAAGCAGACCAGCAAAAUAAUAGAUCUUAACGCAGACAUCAAAUAGACGUCUCUGAGAUGUAUGUGUGCUAUCAGGGUUUUAGGAGGUGCCAGUAGUAGGGGCUUGUUGUGGCGCUGAGGAGACAGAGACCUGCACUGUCAUUCAUUCAUGAAAAAAGUUAUUUAAAUUUAUUUAAGACAAAUAUUGUGCUUAUUUCAUGUUCUUAAAAACCAAAGUGCAUAAACUCAAAGUAAUGCCAACAUAUAAAAGAAGCAUGCGCGAGCUUCUGGUUUCUGUCUGUAAUGAAGAAGAAGACAAGACAUCAAUAAAUCUGCUGGACUCUGGGAUGGAGCUGAAACAAGAAAUCAAAGAAGAACAAACAGAUAAAGAGGAUUUGAUUUAUUCAAACCUGAUGAAGGUGAAGGAGGAAAGUUCGGAUGAAAUUGAGGAGAAACUUCAUCAUUAUAAACCUGAAGAAGAAUUUCUGAGCUGCUUAAAGACUGAGAAGAUUUUUUCAGAUGAAGAUUCUUGUACGUGCUCUCGGUGUGGAAUAAUCUUCAGUUUGUUGAUGAUGGAUGUGAUGUGCUGUAAAUCAGUAGGAACUGAUCUGUCCAUGCUGGAUAUUGAUGAUUUCAUCACAGAAAUCUCUCAGCUGAAGAAAGAGGUGGCGUUACUGGAGACAAAGCUGAGGUUAAGAGGAGAUGAAAGACUGAAGAGAGAGGACUCCGAGCUCAGUCUGACUUUACUCUGUUAUACUGAGUCAAAGCACACAGACGCUCAGGACACUACAGUGUGUGACAGUAAUCAGGACUUACAGGAUGAUGAAUCUACUGAUCAAACCUCCACAGAGUCUCUGGAUUCUGUCUGUAACGCUGGAGAACAGCAGCAGAUCCUGCAGACCAAACUCAAGAUGUGUUCAGUCAAACUCAUCGACUGCACGAACCUCACGAUGAAGACGAGAAGAGAAACCACAGAAGAGGAAGAUUACACUGAUGAUGAUGAUGAUGGUGAUGAUAAUGAUGAUUCUACUUCUUCAGAUGAGAAGGGUGAUUCAUGUAGUGAUGGAGAAAUAACAUCCUUUACAUCAAAAGAGCAACUUACAGCACAGACGUUUUCCUGCAUCACUUGUGGAAAGAUAUUGAGCUCGAAAGGAUAUUUAAAGAGACAUGAAAGAAAACACACAGAACAGAAACUCUUCACUUGCAGGAGAUGUAAGAUGAGCUUUACUACCUUACAAGAGCAGAGACGUCAUUCAGAAGAGCACAGAAAAAAGCAUCAGUUUCACUGUCAACAGUGUGGGAAGGAUUUUGACUUUUUAUCUCAACUAAAAUGCCACAUGAGGACUCACAGUGGUGAAAAGCCUUUCCAAUGCACUGAAUGUGGCAAAUAUUUAAGCAGCAAAUACAAUCUUGAUGCUCAUAAGAGAAUUCACACAGGAGAAAAACCACACAAGUGUCCUCACUGUGAGAAGAGAUUUUCCUAUGCAUACUGUCUUAAGGCACACAUGUUUUUACACACCAAAGAGAGACCGUAUCAGUGCAGUAAAUGUGGUAAAACCUUUAGGUUUUUAGGCUCUUUUCAGUCUCAUCAAAAAACACACAGUGAGGAGAAACAAUAUCAGUGUUCCCACUGUGAUAAACGUUUUUGUCAAAAAGUUCAUCUGAAAGUCCAUGAGAGAGUUCAUACUGGAGAGAAACCUUACGUCUGCUCUCAAUGUGGUAAGAGCUUCUCUAGUCAAAAUUAUCUUAGGCUUCAUCACAGAGUUCAUACUGGAGAGAAACCUCAUGACUGUAAUUUUUGUGGAAAGAGUUUCAGUGUACAAAGUGUUUUAGUAAAACACCAAAGAAUUCAUACAGGUGAAAAACCUUACAAAUGCUCUCAGUGUGAGAAGACGUUUACUCAGUUAAGUACCUUAAAAUAUCAUCAGAGACUUCACACUGGAGAGAAACCUUACAUCUGCUCUCAAUGUGGGAAGAGCUUCACUGGUCUAGGUACUUUUAAAGUUCAUCAGAGAGUUCACACCGGAGAAAAACCUUACCACUGUAGUGAUUGUGAGAUGAGUUUCAGUCAAAUGCCAAACUUGCUAGCGCACCAGAGAAUUCAUACAGGAGAAAAACGUUAUAAAUGCUCUCAGUGUGACAAGACGUUUACUCAGUCAGGUUACUUAAAAAUCCAUGAGAGACUUCAUACAGGAGAGAAACCUUACGUCUGCUCUCAAUGUGGAAAGAGCUUCUCUAAUCCAUAUUAUUUUAGAUUUCAUCAGAGAGUUCACACUGAAGAGAAACCUUCUAGUAGUAAAUCUCUCCACAGAUCGACUAAAGUAGGAUCUUUAAUGGCUCAUAAAAAGACACUGAAGAGAAAAACAACACUUGAAUCUCCAUAGCUUUGCGUUUAUUCAGAAUAAAUUAAAUGAACUUUCAUGUCAAUUGGAAACCAAAACCAUUGUGCAUGUUUCAGUGGAUGUAGGUGUAUGUUUUGACGGGAAUAAGCCAACAGAAAUCGUCUUGAAGAACUGAUAGAAUGUUCCAACUUUGUACAGCAGUUUCAUAAUAUAGCUUCUUAGGUUGAAUAAUUGUUUUGUUGUUAUUUUUUCACUUUUCUAAGUAGCUUUAAAUAAAAAUGUUUAUAGGUUUAGCGACCUACUUCAAACCCAA